AUGCUAUGUGACUUUGUCAUUGGUGACAACAUAGACAUAUUAGCUGUCACAGAGACAUGGUGCUCUGGAGAUGAGCGGGAUGACUUUACGCAGGCACAACUUCUAUCCACACUUAAGAACUAUGCAUGGUACCACAAGCCACGUGUGGGUCGUGCGGGUGGAGGCGUUGGUGUUUGUGUCAACAAAUCUUUCCAGGUUCGAACAGUUGAAUAUCCAGAAUUUUCUUCAUUUGAGCACAUCAACCUGCUAUUGACUUCACGCCAACAAACUCCAGUGCAUCUGGUUGUUUUAUAUCGCCCUCAAAGAACGAGCACAGGAGAGAUAACAGACCAGUUGUUCCUCCAAGAGUUUUCAACUUUCUUGGAGCAACUGAUGUCAACUCCCCAUCGUCUUCUGAUCGUUGGAGACUUCAACUUUCACGUUGACACUGAAACUGAUCGCAGCGCUACUCAGUUUGUGGACCUCAUCACAUCCCUCAACUUGAAGCAACACGUGUCCUUUCCCACACAUCAAGGUGGUCACACACUUGACCUCAUUCUUUCUCGUGACACUGAAAGUUUCGUCAGCGUUGUCGGCUCAACCAGCUACCUUCCAUCUGAUCAUGUAGCUGUUAAAUGCUCCCUGCACAUACGUAAGCCUGGACCUGUGAAAAUCACCAUCAACAUGCGGAAAAUUCGUGAUAUUAACAUUGAUCAUUUUCGCGAUGACAUUCUGCAAUCUGAGUUGUGUGUCUCCCCAUCAAAUGACACUAAAACCCUUAUCGAUCAAUACGGGCGUGUCCUUUCUGCUCUUCUUGAUAAGCAUGCUCCGAUGAUCUCACGUAUAUUCAGGUGUCAUCCUAAGUCCCCUUGGUUCAAUGACGAGCUUCGUACUGCAAAACAACUGCGAGCACUGGAAAGGAAGGCCUUUUCUCCAAGAGGCCUAGAAAUUGAUCGUCAGAUUUUUAGAAGUGCCUCUCAUCAAUACAACAAUAAACUAUCAUCUGCUAAAAAGUGGCACCACAGAGAUCAGCUGAAAGACUGCAGUAACCGUGAACUGUUCAGAAAAGUGGAUCAACUAACCCGCCCACGCUCUGCAAAGGUUCUUCCGAGUAAUCAUGGCAGUGCAGUUCCUCUUCCUGAGCGGUUCAUUCAAUUCUUUGCUGAAAAAGUCAACAAGAUAACUGCAGAAUUGCAGUCAUCUUCACCUACUGACACUGAUCGACUUCCUGAACACCAGACAACUUUUUCAUUUGACAAAUUUAAGCGUGUCACUGAAAAAGAAGUCUUGAAAGUUAUCACUAACUCUACUUCAACGACGUGUAAUCUUGACCCGAUCCCAACUCACCUGCUAAAGAAAUGUCUUCAUGAACUAACACCUAUCAUUACUUUUGUUAUCAAUGAGUCAUUUAAUAGUGGUUGUUUUCCUGAAAAAUUCAAACUUGCAAACAUUGUACCAAUUCUCAAAGGCUUGAAAUGUGAUUCUGAUGUACUUAAUAAUUACCGCCCUAUUGCAAACUUGAAGUUCUUUGCUAAGACAUUAGAAAGAAUGGCAGCUUUACAGUUGCAACGGUACUUAAAUGAUCAUGAACUCCACGCAAAAUUUCAAUCUGGGUACAGAUCAUUCCAUAGUGUUGAAACUGCCUUACUGCGAAUAACAAAUGAUGUAUUGUUGACACUUGAUAAGGGCGAGGAAGUCAUACUUGUCCUCUUAGACUUCUCGUCUGCGUUUGACACCAUCAAGCAUGAUGUCUUGCUGCAACGAUUGUCGCAAAGAGCUGUUAACAUUGUACACACCUUCUAG